AUGAGCAUAGCAUUGUGCUAGCACACCAUACCGCUUGCUUCUUUCAGGGAGCUUUUUCUAAGAUUGUCGGAAUUAACGCACCGCGGCGCGGGGCGGCGACCAGUCCCUGAACCGCCCUCUGUAAAGUCACACUCACACAACUAUGGCCCGAGGAUAGGCAGUACCUCCUACUUAGCCGCAAGGGAAGAAACACCGCAAGACAAGGCUAGAAACUUUAACGGCAAAUCCCCGUUUCAUUCAAGAGCCAGCCGCGCGUCCCGAAGACACUUCAGGAUCCUUGUCGGCGGCCUCUGCUCCGAAGUCAUUGACGCCGUCGCCUGCGCGUGAGGCGGACUUCUUUGGCUGACGAGCCCCGCAUCUACGAAGUCGAACCUCUACAGGAGUACGAACUAGUAUCUCAACUGCGUGUUCCUGGCUGGGAGCAGAUUCCAGCUUUAUGGCCUGCUCCCAUCCCUGAGGCGGGUCGGGCUUUACGGCCUGCUCUCACUCCCGAGCCUGGUGUGGCUUUACCGCCAGCGCUGCCUUCACUUCCUCGUUUUCAACGUGCGGACGAUGGCGAGGUUGCUCCUAUUCCUUUACGAGCUGUCGGCCCGUUGGCCGAAGGGGUUGAAGACGAAAGAGGACCUAUCGAUCAUCGACACGAGGAGGCUGUUGAGGCUAUCGACAGUUACAAAGACGACGACCCUGCGGAGCGUGAUCCACCUCUACCUCCUGACGCUGGUCACGAGUACCGGCCUUAUCGUGUCGGUCGCAAUCCGGGUCUGCUCGAGAACAUUAACGAGGGCAACAUUCUACCGGUUCGCACGCGUACUCAGCGUCGCGUCGCCGCCCUCAGUAUUGUGUCCACGCGCAAGGUCCUUCGUCGUGAACCAGAGCUCAUCGCGUCGGUUUCCACUCGUCACCCACCGCUUCCCAAGACCUUCAGAGAUGCGAUGGCUUCGCCCGAGGCCGAGUCCUGGUGCGCUGCGUCGGUCAAGGAACUCAACUCCAUGGGCUUGCACAAGGUCUUCAAGCUUUCGAGGCCACCUACCGGGGCUCGUGCCCAGGGCUAUCGUUGGGUGUUUACUCGGAAGGAAGACGCCGAAGGCAACAUCAUCAGCUACAAGGCUCGGCUAGUCGUCCAAGGCUUUGCUCCACGACUGGGGCUCGACUACAACAAGACCUUUGCUCCUGUCUCGUCGAUCACGACGAUCUUUGUUCGUCGUCGGCCUUUCUGCCGCUCGUGGACUGAUUCUCGAACAGUGGUCCUGACUUCUCGGCGUCGCUACCUCUCUCCUAUCGGAAGUCUAUCUUCCGCGCUCGCAUGUUUUCUGCGAUAG